AGUGUCGAUACUGACAUCCUUCUGUCCUGAAAUAAUUUCUAAACCUUAAAAUUACACACUUGAUGCUCAUGAAAGAAGCGAGACGACGAUUCUUUUCCUUCAAACUUUUCAGUAUGUCUUUUCUUUGCUUUUUUCACAAAAUCCAUCCGACCUCUGCCGUCUUCCUCAGCAGUGGCUAACUCAAGGGAUCUUUAAUCUCUCUCUUUUAUUAGUUUUCUAAUCCUUUAACUGGCCUUCACGGGUGGUCAAAGUGUCUCUAGCACUGAUUUCACCUUUCUGUCCUCCCAUUAUUUUUCACUCAAUCAUUGUUCCUCCACGGAGCUUUUGGAGGCGCGUCCUGAAACGCAAAGCGCAAGCGCGUUCCAGUUGCCACGGGCCAGUGACGCACGGACGCGCAGCUGCCCCGAGGCACCGCGAGUGCGUUAGCGGCACACUAUGUGCCAAGUGUCCCACCCGACACAGUCUGCUGCGGGACAUGGGGCAAAUACUGCGAACGAGCGCACACCGGGCUCGACUUCACCAAGGAAGACGCUGGAAGAUGGCAACAUCCACACCGAACGUCUUUGCAGUUCACUGAUACCGUCAGAAAAGAAAGGAAAACGGGCAUGCAGCCAUAGCUGAGUUUCUCCAAAACUGCUUCGCCCAACAGUCCCACUUACUCCUUCAUGCACUGGCAUCCAUCAUGGUCUAUGGGCAGGUCCUGCACCGCCAAGGCCCUGAGGAGAGCUUCAUCAACCUCAACGUCGGUGGCUUUAAGCAGCAAGUGGAACGGGUGGUACUCCAACGCUUCCCCCACACACGACUUGCCCAGCUUCUCUACUGCAGCUCAGAGGCUGCUAUUCUCCAGGUUUGUGACGACUAUGCAGCAGCCGAACGCGAGUAUUAUUUCGACCGAAAUCCACGUUUUUUCCGCUACGUGCUGAAUUUCUACCAUACCGGGAAGAUACACCUUAUGGAGGAGUUGUGCGUGUUUAGCUUCAGCCAGGAGCUGGAAUACUGGGGCAUCAAGGAGCUUCACCUGGACACUUGCUGCAGCAACAGAUUUCAAGAACAGAAAGAAUACGCAGGAGAUCACGACUGGGGAAACGAUGAUGACCCGCAGAACCAGCUGCAGGACAGCUUAGAUUCAUCCAUGGAGGAACUUUCAGCGUUUGACAAAGACUUGGAAAAGUUUGAAGGCACCUGGUGCUCAGAGAAGCGCAAGGAACUCUGGCUGCGACUGGAAAACCCAGGAUACUCACGCUCUGCGAAAAUAAUUGCAGUUUUUUCUUUGAGUGUAGUACUGAUGAGUAUCAUAGCCAUGUGCGUUCAUAGCAUGCCUGAGUUUCACCAGGUGGAUGUUAAUGACAAAGAAGUGGAGAACCCGGUGUUGGCUGUGUUCGAGACCUUUUGCGUCCUCUGGUUCUCUGUCGAGUUCGUCCUACGAUUAGCUGUCACGCCAUGUUUGCGCAAAUUCGUAAGCAAUGCAUUGAACGUCAUUGAUUUCGCCUCUAUUGUUCCAUUUUAUGCCACGUUGGCGUUCGAAACCAUGGAUGCUGAGGAAAGUGAAGAGCUUGAGAAUGUAGGAAGGGUCGUGCAAAUCCUACGCCUCAUGCGUAUUUUCCGAAUCCUCAAACUGGCACGCCAUUCGGUCGGGUUGCGUUCGCUUGGGGCAACGCUCCGGCACAGCUACCACGAGGUGGGACUCCUCAUCCUCUUCCUUUCAGUGGGAAUCUCCAUUUUUUCAGUACUCAUCUACUUUGUGGAGAGAGAGGACGAUGAGUCGGAACUGCAGACUAUACCGGUGGGCUGGUGGUGGGCGACGAUCAGCAUGACCACGGUGGGAUACGGCGACACGUAUCCCAUCACGCUGGCUGGGAAGCUCAUCGGCACCUUGUGCAUCAUUUGUGGGCUGCUUGUAGUCGCCCUUCCCAUCACCAUAAUCUUCAACAAGUUCUCCAAGUACUACCAGAGACAGAAAGCCCUGGUGGAGUCCGACCAGCUCCAUCUAGAGGAUGAAAAACUGCCAAAUCUCAGCAUGCCUUUUCUUUAUAUAGGAGACCUCUACGGACAAAAUAUGACCUCUCUGGUGCACAGCGCAUCCUCCAGGAGUAGCGUGGGGAGCGAGGGAGACAUCACUGAUGCUUCCAGCAUUCAGGAUGUCGAAAUUGUCUGCCCUACUGGAAUGCAACAGGCAGAGAAAGCAACAUAAAUCAGGAUUCCUCAGAUCUGGCUCUGGAGAGUUUAGCUCAAACCUUGAUCUUACCUGUGAUUUUACUAGGGAUCUUGUAGACCGUGAUGAGCUUGCUCAGGUGUUGGAGCUAAACUAUGCAGGGAGGAACCCUGCCAUAAAUGCAAAUAUGCACAACCUCAAAUGUCUAGGGUGAGGAGAUAUUAAAAUAAACUUCCUUGCUUAGAUCUGCAGCACAUGUCAAGGAAACUCUAGAGGACUCAAAGCAACUUCUGGACCUUCAAUCAAAAGCACUUUUUCUCUUUAGUUCUCAGGGUGAAAAUGUCUCAAGCUUUUCAUUAUUUAUAGAUCAGAACCUGUUAUGGAAACUAAUCUAAUCAACAGGCUAGCAAGUAGCAUUGAUGCUCUAUACCCAAUUAACAGCACUGAUUGACAGGUGUUUUUUUAAUCCUUCGGACAAGCUGUUCAUUUAAUUACAAGUCUUUCUGCAGUGCCUGUGGGAAAAGAACUACGCUUAAAUGUUUUAUGGGCAAUGACAGCAUCUAAAAUGCUGGACUUCAGAUGGCAUGUUGGUGUACACCAUCCUCCCUAAUGUGUCCAUCAGAGAGGGAAGGACGGAGAGAGUGCAUGCAUAUUUCAACAAGAGAGAGGAGAGGCCGCAAGAGAAAGGAGAGAAGAAAGCAGGAAAGAGAUGUUAUAGUUGAAUAAAGUGUUGAU